AUGGAUGGGCCACGAGCGGGGCAGGAUGCCAUGAGGAACUGCACUGACCACGAGUACUGGGACACCCUCGUUGCGCAGUGCAUCCCCUGCAGCCUGGCCUGCAGGCAGUCCCUGGCCAGGAAGUGUGAUGCUGUGUGUGAGUCCAUGGACUGCAACAACAGACCGGGAUUUUACUACGAUGAUCUGGUGAAGAGCUGCAUCAGGUGCAGCUCGGUGUGCGGGCAGCACCCCCGGGAAUGCGCCCCGUCCUGCGAGCGUGAGUUGGAUGGGCUGGUGGAAGCCGCCAGCGUUGCUGAGGGAUUCACCAGCAUCAGAAUCCCAGAGCCAGUGGAAACCUGUGGCUUCUGCUUCCCUGGACAUGGCUCUGCUGUCCAAGAGACCAAACCGUGUCCCAGCAGCUCGGGCCACGCUGGGGACGGGGCUGCUCCCUCCUUCUCGGGGAUCUGCAGCACGGGCAGCGCCGGGGCCCUGCCCAGCCCUGAGGACGGCCACUUCAAAAUCAUCUGCUCUCCUGCCCAGGAGAAAACACCCAUGGUGUGAGCACAGAGGGGCUCCAGCACGGGAUCACAGUGGGAGGAUGCUCUCCCUGCCCCCAAACCAAAGCUGCUUCACCCUCUGUUGCCUGGCACAGCCUCUGCCCAGCCCGGGCUGCAGGACACAGGGCUGGAGGCUGCACAGAGCUGUUUGCUUCCACUCAGGAAAACAAAUUCCCAUUUUUCUUGUGCACUCCCAGUAAGAGAAGUCACUUCCCAUGUGGCAGCAUCUGACUUGAUCCUCCAGCUUGACCUGGGUGCAUCCCAGCCCUUGGGGACAUCUCCUGGGGACUUUUCCUCCUGGUUCCACCACCAGCAUCCCUGCAAAGGAUCCCUGCUCUCCUCUCCCUGCAGAUUCCUCCAUCAAUCAGAACAAUGUUCAGCACAGCUGAAGACAUCUCAAAUGUGGAAUUGGAUCCAAGGAUUUACUGGUGAAAUUGAUAAGGAGCCAGUGUGGGAAGCUCCAGUGCCAGUUCCCAGCCAUGGGUGAUGGGGAGGCUUUGCCUCAGGACCAGGACACGAUGCUGCACAUGAGGAGCUGGGACAGGCACCAAAACCCUCAAUGGAACUGGGUUUAAAUAUGAAAAUUCAUUCAAGGCUGAGAACUUUCUACAAAACUGGAUUUAUGUAUAUCUGACCUGGGUUAUUCUGAAGAGCUGGUAAAAGUGAGGAAUCAGCUGGAGAUAAAGCUGCUUUGAGAGAAUAUUUUUAUCUAACCUGGCUUUGAAAGCUAUCACGGAAAAAUAGGGGUUUCAACAUGUAAUUUGAAGUUCUCAUUUCCACUAAAGGAGACUGUAAGAUUUUUUUUUUUUUUUUUUUUUUGCAAAGAAUCACUCCUGAUAGGAACCCAUCCCUUCCACUGUCUUAAACUAGAGCUUUAAACUUGAAAGAAUAAAUGUAAUUCAA